GACCACUCGUUCCUCCCAACUCUUCUUUUGCUUGAUCAUUCCCAUAUAUUUUUUGUCUUCUCCCGUGCCACCGCCUCGCCCUCGCCCCUCCUACCGCACCCGGAAGCUAGGUUUAGCCGCCGCCUUCUCCCUUUUCGCCGCGGCGGCCGCAAGAACCGACUUCUCCCCGGAGAAGCCCCAAGCAAGCGACCCCCGCUUCCUCUCCGCGCCAGAUCUUUGUUUAUGAGCUCGAAGGAGAAGCCCACUCUUGGAGGCACGCGGAUUAAGACCCGCAAGCGGAAUAUUGCAGCUCCUUUGGACCCUGCAUCAUUCUCUGAUGCAAUUGUUCAGAUCUAUUUGGAUAAUGGUGGAGACCUGGAACUUGUCGCCAAAAGUAUCGAGUCUUCAGACCUCAACUUCUCACGUUACGGUGACACCUUUUUUGAGGUGGUUUUUGUUGGAGGGCGCACUCAGCCAGGCACUGUAAAACCUGAAGAAGGAGACCGCCACCCUUAUUCGGUGUUAGAUUGUGCGUCACAGCGUGAAGCAAUUUUGCCUUUCGUACUCUAUAUCCAGAAAACAUUGCGCAGGAGGCCUUUUUUAAUAAAGAAUCUUGAAAAUGUUAUGCGUAAAUUCCUGCAAUCCUUGGAGUUCUUUGAGGAAAAUGAGAGGAAGAAACUCGCCAUAUUCACAGCCCUUGCAUUUUCUCAGAAGCUAUCAGGGCUUCCUCCUGAGACUGUGUUCCAGCCAUUGCUCAAGGAUAAUCUUGUUGCCAAAGGGAUAGUACUUUCAUUCAUUACUGAGUUUUUCAAGGAGUACCUUGAGGAAAACAGCUUGGAUGAUUUGAUUGCACUUUUGAAGAAAGGCAAAAUGGAGGACAAUCUGUUGGACUUCUUCCCAUCAGCUAAGAGAUCUUCUGAGGCUUUAUCUGAGCAUUUCACCAAAGAAGGUCUGACUAGCCUUGUUGAGUACAACGAAAAGAAGAUGUUUGAGGUUAAACUUAAGGAGAUAAAGUCAACACUGACUGCUAUGAUAAAUGAUGAGGCUGCAAUAUCUGAAGUGAUUGAGACUGUCAAGCAGCAAGUUAAGGAUGCUAAAUUUCCUGAUUUAGAGGUUAUUCGCAUGUUGUGGGAUGUGCUCAUGGAGGCUGUUCAGUGGUCUGGGAAGAACCAGCAGCAAAAUUCCAAUGCAGCACUUAGGCAGGUGAAAGCUUGGACUGAGCUUUUGAAUGCUUUUUGCACGAGUGGCAGACUCGAACUGGAACUUAUACACAAAGUUCAGACACAGUGCUAUGAGGAUGCUAAGCUGAUGAAGCUGUUUCCGGAAAUCAUAAGAACACUGUAUGACCAAGAUGUCCUAGCUGAAGAUACUAUAGUCCUUUGGUUCCGUAAAGGUUCAAACCCGAAGGGCAGGCAAUCUUUUGUGAAAGCUCUGGAGCCGUUUGUCAAAUGGCUCGAGGAGGCUGAGGAGGAAGAAUAAGCUCUUGAUUUGGAGAUUGGCCGAAUGUGACGAAUUAUGGUUCUCGAAAAUAUUACCUUUUUUUUUAUUUCGAAAGCUAUGAAAGGUUGAGGAGUUAUGGUUGCUGCUAGUUAUUGCCGAGUUUGUUACUGGCGAUAGAUUUAUGUUAUGCUGUUUAGGCACUUGGCUCUCGGCUGCAGUAUGUUGCUGUUAAGGUGUUGAAACUUCUGUUAUCAUUACUGAACUGGUUUAU